AUGGAGGCGGAGCAAUACUGGAUUACCCAGGAGCCUGUAGGGAUGGAUUAUAUUGUUGUAACUGUUGAGAGUGACAGUGAUGAUAAUAGCAAUCAUGGCCAUAGUGAAGUCAUGCUGCUACAGGAGUCUGCAUCUGAGGCUUUGUCAGACGGACACACUAUGGGCACAUCCAGUGAUGAAUCAGCAGUCAUACAAGCAGAUUUCCAAGAUUAUGACCAUCAGCAACAGUUCCAACUGGCAUCUGGAGAGGGUACAUCCCAAGAUGACCAAGCAGUGCCCCAAGUGAACUUGGAAACAUUAAAAAGACCUAACAUUAACUUUGUGGAUGUUCCACAAACCAAAAGAGGACGGCAGUCUACUGAAUUAGAAGAUAAAAUGGCUUUACUCCAACUUAUUGAAAGAUUGAACGGGCAAGUUAACCAACUUUUUGGAAUGGUUUCAAAAAUACAUCAGUUUUGGGAGAAGUCACAGGUGCAAAAAUGUGGACAUUGUUGCAGAUUACUUCAAGAUGAAAUAAUGGAAAUCGAUGAGCCAGACAGAACUACAGAAACAUCUUUUCAGUCAGUUUCAUGCUAUGAGCAGCAGCAGGAGCAGCAGGAGCAGCAGUUGGUCCUUAGUCAGGACUUAUUCCUUCCUAGAAUUAUUUCUACAAGUUCAUUAACAUCAGAGGGCUCAGGUACUGAUGUUCCUAUAGUAUCUGAUAUUUUGGAUGAAGCUGAGAGCAGCAACAUUGUAAUCUCAGAUGCCCAGCCUACAAUGGCAGCACCUGCAACAUUUCUGCUACCACAGGAUCCAAGUUUCGCCAAUAACCAUAAUUUUAUAAAGUACUCAGCUGUUGUGGAAAAUGAGGAUACAGCCUUACUGGAUCCUGACUUUCCAUGUCUCUUGGUGCCUCCUAGUUAUGAAAUGCCAGAAAAUGAAGAAACCAACAUUCCAGAUGACACUGUGCUAGUAAAUGUCCCAAAUUUUGAGGAAGAUGAAGAACAAUCUACUAACCUUCUGAAUGUCUUCAUAAACGAAGAUGAUAUGACAGCAGUAGCAGAAGCCAGCCAGGCAAACAACAUGGAGCCGAUGGAUUUCCCCGUUGUAAAUGAAAAUGACCAAGACUCUUUUUCAGCUGAUACUCUCUCAUCUCAAUCUGACUUUGAAAGGGUUAUACUGAUAGAAAUGCCAGGACAAACUGAUGUCAAUGGCCAGACACUCUAUUACCCAGCUUUACAUUUCAAUGGCCCAGAUUCUGAAAUGGCACCUGCCUCUGCAGCUUUACAUUCUGGUGUGCAAGGAAUAGCAGAAGCCAGCUUGGACUACAAUCCUGAGGGGAUGAAUUUCCCACCUGUGAUAGAAAAUGACAUUGACACUCUUCCAUCUGAUUCUGAUACUGAAGAUACUAUAGUGAUAGAAAUAUCAGAGGAUGCAGAAAUCAGUGGCCAAGUAAUCGAUUACCCAGGUGUUUUGGGACAUUUUAGUGAAUCUGAUUCUGAAAAUGUUUCUAAUUCUGAAUCUACAAAUUUCCGUUUUGAAGAAGUUGUAUUAGGAAUGCCAGGAGAAAUACAAGUCGAUGGUCAAACAGUCUAUUACCCAACUUUUUUAGGACAUAAAGCUGUUACAUAUUCUGAAACUGCAUCUGCCUCUUCAGAUAUUGGUUUUGGCGGGCAAGGAAUGUUCCUCCCACUGGCUGCUGCCAGUGCAAACUCUCCCGAUAGCCAGUACUGUAUGAGACACAUGGUCUUAGCAUCUGUCAAGUAUGAAUCCUGUGGCCUUCCACUGAAGCCAGCAGGUGGGAUGGGGAAGGGCUCUGGCCAGUUCGUCCCCUUAAAGUGUGGUGUUCCUUCUUGUGAGGGAGAGGGAAUGGUCCAGGUCAAGCUCUAUAUUGAGAAGGUUAUACUGAUAAAAAUGCCUGAAACAGUAAAAGUCAAUGAUCAGAUUGUCGCUUACCCAGGCAUAUUAGGACGUAUCAUUACCUCAGAUUCUGAAACUGCAUCUGCAUCUGAAUCUGCAAAUGUUGGAGUUGAAAAAGUUAUACUUGAAGAGAUACUAUUUGAUCCCAAAACUAUGGAUCAAGACAACUCAGAUAUAAUGGAUAACCCACCUGAGAUUGGAAAUGACAGUGACUAUGAUAAUGAUGAAGAAGAUAAUGAAUCUCCAUUUUUCUCUAUCCCCCUCUUUUUUGAUGACCAAGAACUGAUACCUGUGAGAGUGAAUUGCCCAGUUUCCAUGGAAAAUGAUACAGGCCAAGAUAACAUUCCAGAAUUUCCCUUAAUCACAGGUUUUGCAUAUCUUGGAGAUCCAAGAAGAAAUAUCAGGGUACAUAAUACUCAUUUGGAGACUGUAGAGAAGAUGACCAAACUCAGCCUUGCAGCCUGCUACUUGGUUUAUGUGGUGUUCUCUGAGGAAAGUCUGAUUAACAGUUCAGCAAGUAUCAAUGGUCUAGGUUACCCAGACCUGGAUCCAAACAGAAUGGCUGCAAUAAGAGGUCAUUUGGGACAUUCGAGUAGACGUGUACACGUACCGUGUUCAGUAAUGACUAUAGCGAAAACAAAGCGUUCUCCAGAGCUAUCAGCCAGAUACCUCAGUCACUACCUGUUCACAGAGGAGUUGUCCAGAAAUACCAUCUUUGACAACAUGCAGUUUGAUGUUUGUAAUCUUGACGACAAUACAAUUGCUGCUAUCCGAGGUUUGUUGCAUGCUUUCCCAAAUCAACCCAGAAUAUAG